AUGAGCUAUGGACUCAUUGUGAAGGCGAGCAAUGACGUACCGACAGAGCUAUUAGCGAGACACGAGAUACCAACGGAACCAAUAUUAUAUCGAGGAAGUGAGAGUCAGCCUGAUGUGGCGAGACAUUUUGUCGAAACCGUGACGGAUAUAUCGUUGAAGAUUGAGAAAUUAUUGAAGACGAAUAUUCCGAUAAAUAUGUCCGCAGACGACAUACAAGUUCAUGAAGCAGCGACGCACUGCAAUCUAUGCAAAAUUGAGUUUACCCCACCUUCAGAGGUACUAUAUCGUAAGACAGCUGACCAUUGCCAUCUCACAGGAAAAUACCGUCAAGCUCUCUGCAAUGUAUGCAACCAACAACUACAAACACCCGUUUUUGUACCGUGCUACUUCCAUAAUUUGUCCAACUAUGACGCGCAUCUGAUAGUCACAGAACUUGGUUAUGACACCCAGACUAUUAGAGUAAUACCAAACACUGAGGAAAAAUACAUAUCAUUCUCUAAAUAUGUGUCAAGUAAAUUCCAAAUCCAUUUCAUAGACACUUUUAGAUUCAUGGCAUCAGGACUAUCAACUCUAGCUAAAAAUCUUGUAACACCAGGUCUGGAGAACUUCCGUGAGACCGCUAAAGUUUUUAAUAAUGUCGAUAUGCCGCUCGUGACUCGGAAGGGAGUGUACCCGUACGAGUACACAGAUAGUUGGAGCAGGUUGGAUGAAGAGAGACUGCCGAGAAAGAGAGACUUUUAUAGCACGUUAAACGAGUCGGGAAUAAAGGAGGAGGAAUACACGCAUGCAAAGGAGGUCUGGGACCACUUUGGCUGCAAGACGUUGGGCGAGUACAGUGAUCUGUACUUGAAAAUCGACGUGUUGCUGUUGGCGGACGUCUUUGAAAAUUUUCGUGAUGUGUGCAUAAAGACAUACAACUUGGACGCGGCGUAUUAUUUUACUGCACCAAGAUUGAGUUUUGACGCGAUGUUGAAGUUUACCGGGAAAAAGUUGGAGCUGUUGAGUGAUUACGAUAUGUUAUUAAUGUAUGAGAAUGGUUAG